GAAGCGGGAGGAGACAUGGCGCUAGCGAUCCUGGCGAGGCGGAGGGCGGCGGAGGCCGUGCUGCGGCGGCCGCACGCCCCCGGGGCGGCGGCGCUGUCCGCCGGGAGGGCGUACGCGGCGGCCGCGGCGGCGGGGGAGGAGAGCGACGUCGUGGUGGUUGGCGGCGGGCCCGGAGGGUACGUGGCAGCGAUCAAGGCGGCGCAGCUGGGCCUCAAGACCACAUGCAUCGAGAAGCGGGGCACCCUCGGCGGGACCUGCCUCAACGUCGGCUGCAUCCCUUCCAAGGCUCUGUUGCACUCUUCUCAUAUGUACCACGAAGCAAGGACUUCUUUUGCACACCAUGGAGUAAAAAUAUCUAAUCUGGAAGUGGAUCUUCCUGCCAUGAUGGCGCAGAAAGACAAGGCUGUGGCAGGAUUAACAAAAGGAAUUGAAGGCCUCUUUAAGAAGAACAAAGUUACCUAUGUGAAAGGCUUCGGGAAACUUGCUUCCCCCUCAGAAGUAUCGGUUGAUUUGGUUGAUGGUGGUAGCACUGUUAUCAAAGGGAAAAACAUAAUCAUUGCCACUGGAUCGGACGUAAAAUCACUCCCUGGAAUUACAAUUGAUGAGAAGAAGAUUGUCUCAUCUACUGGUGCCCUGUGCUUGUCAGGUAUCCCGAAGAAAAUGGUUGUUAUUGGAGCUGGUUACAUUGGCCUGGAAAUGGGUUCAGUCUGGAACCGUCUUGGAUCACAGGUUACUGUUGUUGAAUUUGCGCCAGACAUAGUCCCAUCAAUGGAUGGUGAAAUUCGGAAGCAGUUCCAGCGCAUGUUGGAGAAGCAGAAAAUGAAGUUUAUGCUCAAGACAAAGGUAGUCGGAGUUGAUACCAGUGGAGAUGGUGUAAAGCUAACACUUGAGCCUGCAGCUGGAGGUGAGCAGAGCAUCCUCGAAGCAGAUAUUGUUCUUGUCUCUGCUGGGAGAACCCCAUAUACUUCUGGCCUUGGGUUGGAGGCUCUUGGGGUUGAGACAGACAAGGCUGGCAGGAUCCUUGUUGAUAAGCGCUUCAAGACCAAUGUGAAUGGAGUGUAUGCAAUUGGUGAUGCCAUCCCUGGGCCCAUGCUUGCCCACAAAGCUGAAGAAGAUGGUGUGGCAUGUGUUGAGUUCCUUGCUGGCAAGGAAGGCCACGUUGACUAUGAUUUGGUGCCUGGUGUUGUUUACACACACCCAGAGGUUGCAUCUGUUGGGAAGACAGAGGAGCAGGUGAAGGCCUCAGGAAUUGCCUACCGGGUUGGCAAAUUCCCCCUGUUGGCAAACAGCCGUGCAAAGGCUAUUGAUGAUGCUGAGGGGUUGGUUAAGGUCGUGGCUGAUAAAGAAACUGACAAGAUUCUUGGUGUGCACAUAAUGGCGCAGAAUGCUGGAGAAAUCAUCCACGAAGCUGCCCUUGCCAUGCAGUAUGGAGCAUCGAGCGAAGAUGUUGCCCGAACAUGCCAUGCACAUCCCACUGUGAGCGAAGCUCUCAAGGAGGCUUGCUUGCAAACCUUCUCCAAGGCCAUCCACAUAUGAUUUUUUUCGUUUUUGUAUUAAUCGUCCAAAUUGCCUGUCCCUGCAAGUUCCAAAGUUUUCUACUCCGUAAUAAUUUUGGAUGUAUUGGGAACAAAAAGGCUAUACUUGUCAUUUUGCCUUGUCAGCGAAUACUGUGAAUUGACAAUUGCCGGUGCAACGAUUCUACUGCCACUGAA